CAAGGAACCGUCCGUCCUUUCCGCAUCCCGUCCUCCUCCCUUUUCGCUAAUCCAUUCCAGGUUUCCCUUCCGUGACAGCAUCACUACUACUUUACCGUACUAUACCGUCACAUUGCUCUCACAGUUGAACCAAGUGUGGUUUAUCGACAUGCUCCAGUCUCCUUGAACCAUCUCGGAUCCAUCAACAGACUUCGAUCUCCUCUCGAUUGGCGCAAUCGACAGUCCUCAAACAUGGAUAUCACCCCAAUGGUGGCAUCCGCCGGGCUGCUCCAGACCAGCUUGAUCUGGGUUGCCUACGCCGUCGCCGUUGCUCUCGUCUUCUUCGUCGCCGUCAUCACCGUCUUCACCUGGCAGACUCCCUACGAUCGCUCCAAGCUUGUCACGACCGUCGCCAUUGUCAGUCUCACAGCUCUUCUCGCUACAGUGUUUCUCCUUCCCGUCGAUAUCGCCCUCGUCUCCUCCACCGCGUCCGCAUCGAGGGGCACCAAGAAAGACUGGGCAACACCCGAACGCAUCCAUGGCAUCCUCAAGACGCUCAAGAUUGUCUACUACUCCCUGUACAGCUUCGAUGCGCUUCUCUGCCUCGUCGUAAUCCCGUUCGCAUACUUCUGGUACGAAGAGCACGACGAGGUCUUGGAGGAGGAGGGAAGAGAGACUUGGAGCACCCGCUUCUGGCAAGCCUUAAAAUAUACCAUUGCCUUCAUCAUCCUCGUCAUCAUUUUGUUCCUCGUAGGCUUCUUCGUCCCUACUGCAGCCCAAGACCAUGGCCGGCAUCUCGAUCUCGACUACUUCAAGCGUCUCUUGACCAACAACAAUGGUGAAAAGGCUCUCAGCUUUGGACUCGGACUGCUCAUGACACUGGGAGUCCUCCUUUACGUGCUCUACACCGCAACCGGCCUCGCCCUCCUUCCAGUCUCCCUUAUCAAGAGUGCCCCGGCCAUUUCGGCCCCUGAACUUUCCGCCAUGACUGCUGCCGAGCUCGAGCACAACCGCGAGCUCCAGCGUCAAAUCGAGAUGCGCAACGCCGGUCGCAUCGUCGCCAUGUCUCAGAAGGACAGGCGCGAGCUCGACCUUUUACUCCGUGAGGAACGCACUCUCGUACGCCGCCAGCGUCUAGCAGCCGAAGCAAGCGGCGAGGGACAAUCCACCAUCAUGCGCAUCUGGACCAAGACCCAGGCUGUUUUCCGUCCGCUCAAGCUCUUUGGCGGUAUCCUCCUGCUUUGCCUCUCGGUCAUUCUCUGGAUCUCGAUGCUCAUCACCGCCAUCGACAAGGCCGCCAACUCCGUCUGCAAGUCCCACUGUGGCUACAUCCUCGGGCACAUCAACGUAUUCCAGCCCGUCAACUGGGUCUUUGUCAAGGCCGCCAAGGCGUUCCCCAUUGAUUACAUUCUCAUGGCUUUCCUGAUCCUUUUCCUCUUCAGCAGCUCCAUUACCGGCAUUGCUUCCGUGGGCAUCCGUUUCCUUUGGGUCAGGGUUUUCCAACUCAAGAAGGGCCGUACCGCUCCUCAAGCCCUGCUCAUCGCAACUGUCAUGCAGGCCCUCAUCAUCCUAGCCAUCAAUUAUGCCGUCGUCAACCUCCUCGCCCCUCAAUACGCCAUGUACGGCACUCAGACUUUUUGUCAAGCUCUUUCUCUGGACCCCGGUGCUCCGCCAGACUGCAGAAACCAUCGAGACAUGAUUCGCCCAUGCUCCGAGUCUCUUACCGACCCCUUGGCUAAGGACGUAUGCACGCCCACCGUCAUGUCCACCUUCUUGAAUCGCAUUGUGCUCAACUGGACCGUGUUUGGCGCCAUUGACUUUUGGGCCCAGUUUGCCUUCUUGACCGUGUUUUUGUUGGUGUUCGUCACCAGCUUGAUCAGGACUCCCAGAUUGAAUCUUACUGAGAUUGACGAGGAGGCACAGGCGGACGAAGAGGAGGGAUUGCUGGCGAGCACCUCCAGGAGGUUCGGCGCUACUUGGCAGGACAUCACGGGCAGAGCCAAGAGAACUGUUGGUGGACAUCCCAAUGGCCAAGGAUAUGGAACUAGUGGGACAAACGGAACAGCUAGUUCUCGUUAGUGAGAGGACUGUGUUGGUGAUGGAUUGUGGUGGCUCUCUACCUUGAUACCCCAGAUUGUUGUAAGUGGUAGAGAGGAAAAGUUGGGGAUAAGUGUAAUUUUGUGUUAAAGCUUCCAGGCUUGUUAGGUUAAGUCAAGGGAUCGGAAAGGAUGGAGUUAUAACCAUGGGCAUGGCUGUUUCUGUAUCUUGUGUUCUCUUCUUGUCAUUGCUUUUGUUCGGGUUUCCCGUAUGGUACCAAAUCGCUAUUAUCAAGGCAAAGAAAUCCUAAGCGAAACAUAAGUACUCUGAUGGCGAUGAAUUGAUCAUUAUUUGUGUAAUGUUGUUUUCU